UACGAUCAAGCUUAGCAGUUGCACUGAUACUACUGAGACAAGCGGAAGGCAGAAGCGAUCUCUAUCUUGUCUUCCUCUUCGAUGGAUUACUCUCUCUCCUUUCACUCCCAUAACCAGGAACACUCAUCCGAGUCCUCCACGUACUCGCCCAGGUCCUCGGCAACCGACGGCUUCGGGCUCGUCUGCCCUGACAAGCCCCUUCCGUUCGACGAGAACGACUCCGAGGAGAUGCUGCUGCUUAGCAUGCUCGCAGAGGCCUCAGGCAAGGCGGCGUCGUCGUCCUCGUCGGAGGUCCUUGACAGCCGCAGUUCACCCCGACCCAAGGAAGAAGAGGUGGAAUCGAGAAGCAAGGUGGGUCAUGACACAAAGGGAGAGAAGCCCUACCGCGGGGUGAGACGGCGGCCGUGGGGGAAGUUCGCCGCCGAGAUAAGAGACUCAACGCGGCGCGGGAUUCGCGUGUGGCUGGGAACGUUCGACAGCGCGGAGGCAGCUGCGCUGGCUUACGACCAGGCGGCGUUCUCGAUGCGGGGGACGACGGCGGUGCUCAAUUUCCCGGUGGAGAGAGUUCGGGAGUCGCUGCGGGGCGUGAAGUACGAGGAGGCGGAGAUUGGGCUGUCGCCCGUGGUGGCGCUCAAGCGGAGGAAUACCCUGAGGAGGAAGUCGACGAGCAAGAAGGCCAAAGGCCGGGAGGUGAGGACGGCGGAGAGUGUGGUGGAGUUGGAGGACCUGGGAGCAGAGUACUUGGAGGAGCUCUUGAGCACCUCAGGGUUUGCCAGGCCGUGGUGAACCGCAACUCUCAAUCCUCGAGACCAUGUUCUCUGUAUACCUUUCUUGUUUCCUUUCUUCUUUCCUUCGUUCAAUUGUUCCAAUCCUGCAGCACAAAGAAGCUCUAAGAAUUCUACUUCUUUCUCUGUUCCA